AAAAUCACUGACGAAUAACGUUAACGAGUUACUUUUUACAAAAUGUAACGCGUUAUUUUUAUAAAAUAACGUGCCUAACCCUGAUUUUUAGAGACAUAUUGAUGGAUGCUGGAGUGUGCUUUCGUGCGUUUGGAAAUUUGUCCUUGAUCCCAGAAGAUAUAAACUAAUUAAUGGCUCAAAUUGUAAUUGCCACUAAGGAUAAUAAUAAAGCAUUUUUAAAUUUUGCUGUCGCUUAUACGUCAAGGGAUGAACUUACUCAUGCAAUUACAGAUAUUGCAACGGCUGUAAAACAUAAUGAAAUCUUACCAGAAGAUAUUACCGAAGAGUUAAUAUCUGACUAUUUGUACACUUACCAAUCCUCAAAUCCAGAGUUAUUGAUUCGUACGUCUGGAGAAUGUCGACUUAGCGACUUUUUGAUGUGGCAGCUUUCCAACGCUUGCCUCUACUUUACUGAUACCUUAUGGCCUGAAUUCAACUUAUGGAACUUGCUCGGUGCAAUCUUUUAUUAUCAAAAAUGUUAUUAUAUGUAUUAUGUAUUUAGAAAAAACUCCCUUUUCUCGUAAAACAGCAUUUUAUAGUAUUCCAACUUUAGACAGAGUAUAUGCGAGUAACAUCCGCAAACCGACCUGUUCGAACGCAUUUUGUCCAGUUUUUUUAUGUAAAAUAGUCACAAAAAUUUCCACUUACAUACUAUAUGGAUCGCAUUUGCCCUAACAAAACUUUGCUGCCGUGACGUUCGAAUUCUAGUUGAUCAAAAAAGUUGGUCAAACAUAUCAAUCGAAAGAGGAGAUUUCAAACUUUUUUUACGUCUUGCUCCGAACCUC